CAAUUGUUUUGCAUGCAGAUAAAGCACCUGGGGAUGUUACCUGGGUGUUAUUUAAAGUAGCCCCUCCUCCCGGUGAAAAGUGUAAGGUGAGUCAUUUGAAACUCAGACCGCUUUUGUUAUUUACCUUGACAGCAGCCAGCAGUUCUUUCCCAAGGAGGAGAAAUGAAAUAGGCUCCUCCGUGCAGGCCGUUUACAGCCUCGGUGGACUUCACCUGCAGCACAUGACACACAAUGGAAAUGGAAAUGAAAGGAGACAUUUUUCAGCCUCUUACGUGUUCUAAUGACAGUGAAAGGAUUGACCCCUAUGGCUUUGAGAGACGUCACGAUUUCGAAUCCUACAAGGAGAUGAUGAAUGAGUAUGUGGCCGUCCUCAACAGAAGGUCGAUGAGAUGGUCCAAGCUCCUUCAAGAGAAGCCGCACGUGGAAAAGAACCUGACAGUGAAAAGGUAUGUGCGUAAAGGUGUGCCCAAUGAGCACCGUGCCAGGAUUUGGAUGGCAGCCAGUGGUGCAGAGAAACAACUGGAGAGCAACCCAGGUUAUUACCAGUCUCUGCUGGCCAUGGAGCACGACGCCAAGCUGAAGGAGACCAUUCACACAGACAUGCACAGGACCUUUCCUGACAACGUCCUCUUCCGGAGUCAAGCAGAACCAAGCCUGCAGAAGGCUCUGUACAACGUGCUGCUGGCCUAUGGACACCACAAUAAGGAAGUGGGAUACUGUCAGGGCAUGAACUUCAUCGCAGGCUACCUCAUGAUCAUCACAAAAGAUGAAGAGAAGUCCUUCUGGCUCAUGGACGCACUGUUGGGCAGAAUGCUGCCAGACUUCUACAGCCCGGCCAUGUUGGGCCUGAAGACAGAUCAGGAGGUUCUCGGGGAGCUGGUGAAGGCUAAAGCUCCUGCAGUAGGACAGCUCAUGGACCAGUAUCCUGGUAUAUGGACACUGGUGGUGUCUCGUUGGUUCAUCUGCCUCUAUAUUGACAUACUCCCCAUUGAGACAGUUCUGCGGGUCUGGGAUUGUCUUUUCUACGAGGGCUCCAAGGUUCUUUUCCGUGUUGCUCUGACUCUCAUAAUUCACCACCAGCCGGAGAUCCUGAGAGCUCGCUCUUUGACCGAUGUGUGCGAGUGCUUCAAACAAAUCACCAGUGGAGCUUUCACUCUGGACUGCCACACCUUUAUGCAGAAAAUCUUUACAGAACCUGGGAGCCUGUCAAUGACAACUAUAAAUAAACUGAGGGAGAAAUGCCGACAGCGAAUACUGGAGGAAGAAUAUGGACGGCCGUGAAGUUUUGGAUCCACUAUGUAUCCCUUUGGCUUUCAUUCAGUGUAAGGACGUUAACACUGUACUAUCAGGAACAAUUAACUAUUACCAAAUGGACAUACUGGUGGGGUUUUUUGUUUGUUUGUUUGGUUGCCUCUGUUAAAAACAGCUAUUUUACACUCCAGUACCAGUGAACUGGAUAUCUGAAGGAUGUGCUGAAGCUUCCUCACUAAUGUAGAUUUUGUAUUUUUUACCUUGUCUUUUGUUCAUGGUCCCAUAUUCUGCUGCUAGAUACUUCAAGACCAAAGUAUUUCAAUCUGCCAUGCUUUUAAUUACUUGCACUAUAGUAGUGUUUCUUUGUUGUAGUAUGGUCAUUUGUUUUGUUGUUGUGGAGAACGGAGAAAAAAAAGGGAAUUGUUGCUCACCUGAAACACUAUUGUAACCAUCCAUUUCUCUUUCUGAAGUAAAAUCAGAUGUCCUAAUUU